UCUUCUAUUUAAGGUCCUCACGGUUUUCCUACUCUUUCAUCUCAAACAAUCUUUCCUUAACAUACAAACACAUACGUACUUACGUAGUCUAAAUUUCUCCUAGAUAUGGAGGCAAACCAGAAAAAACGCACCUUGGAGAUCACCCUUGUGUCCGGAGAAAACAUAAGACUGGAUCGAAAUUCAGUUUCCGAGGUCUGUGUUGUUGUUCGUGCUGAGUCUUUGAACUGUUGCACGACCAAAAUGGUGAAUGGAAAUGAUGGAGUGCAUGCAUGGAAUGAGAAAUUGCUGUUGGAGGUUCCUUCAUAUGCAAGGUCUGUUACGUUUGAAGUGCAAUGCAAGAAAUACAAAGAAGUUCGUCCUGUCGGAGUAGCAAGGAUUGCUCUUUCGGAUUUAGUUACUGUAAAAAAUCAGAGUGUUUUGUCUGAAAAUGUUCCUCAAAGUUUUUGCUAUGGUUUGAGGGGCUGGGAUGGUCGACGGAACGGAGUUAUUCAUUUCUCAGUGAAGAUGGUGGAUAAUUUGUGUUUAGAAACGGAGCAAGAGAAAGACGUAAAGAUGGUGAAUUGUACAGGAAUUGACAGGGAAGUUAUAGGGUUUCGUAUGAACCCUAACAAAUCAAAUCGUGUUGUCGUUGGCAUUCCAGUUAAUUGGUUUGCUAAACUUUUGAAGGUUGAGGGUUGAUUUUCUUUAAAUAGAUUAUCUUGAAACAUGGAUUUUAAGUUUACUUAGUUUAUAAAACGAAAUUUACUUUCAUUUAUAUAUUAUAAAUUCAUCUUGUUAUUACUGGAUUUUGUGAAGAUCUCAUCGAGAUUUUGUUAAGAUAGUACAUAGUUUGUUUAAAGUAAGUGAGAGCUACGUCCUUGGUUGCUUGGUGUGCAUGAGGUUAUCUGAGUUGAUACUAAAGCUGCCACAAACCAUGCUAAUUUUUAUGUUUCUAAA